UGAAACAAAAGAGUAUUCCAUUACCGCUACAAAUCAUGUUUGAUUCAAUGCCUUGGAAUGAUAUUAGCUUAAAAGACGACGAGAAAAAAUACGACGCAUAUGCUCUUUUUCACGGUCCAUUGGAGUUGCUGCAAUUUGUAUGCACCGCCCAAAUUAUAGCAUGGACGAAGGUGGAAAACGAUGAUCCCUCCACCAGACAUCUCGCCAUUAUUCCAAAAUCAAUUCACGACACCCUAAAAGUCAGCGUCUAUGAACCCACAAGUGAAAAAGACAAAAACGAAUAUUUGGAUGAAAACUUUACAGAUUAUGAACAAAACACAUGGAUCAGGGAACAUUCAUUUGUUAUUCCCACAAAACGAGACAAACAAUUCUAUAUGACGUGGCUGAAACGACCGAGUCUGUACAUGUCCAUUCCAGAAUACGAUCUGCCCACAGAAGACUUGACGGGCUACAGUACAGCAUCACCACCUAUUGCAAAGCCCUCCACUGAUGGCGCCUUUGCAAAAGGAGUGGGACAAGCGCCAGAAGUGUAUCCCAAACUACCAUUAUCAGUGAAGAAAAAAGACACUAAUUGGAAACACAAAUUGGAAGAAAAGGCUAAACUUGGUUUCGAUAAACUUCAUAAAGAAAUGCUAAACGUUUGGGGAAAAAAGAUCAAAGAAACGGCAAACGAAAUACUGGACAGUGGCGGUAAACAAUUACACCGUUUAUUUAAAUCAAAGAGUCAAGGAAGCAAUGAAACGGAGACAGAAAAAGAAUAUUCCGCACAAGCAAAUUUAAAGCCUCCAUCAAGUCCGCCUAUCAUACCACCAAAACCAUCACAACGACUAAAACAUUCACAAUUAAUGAAGGACCGACCACUUCCACCACCACCAUCUGAACCUUUGGCGCCUUUGUACAAGACAGAAAAUAAAAAAAGUCCACUUUUCAAAAUCUACGAAUCCAGGAAGACCCAAUAUGGAGUAAUGGAAUCAGCAGGUGGUUGGCAACUCAACAAGGACUUCUACAGUUUUACUGCAUUCGAUGUACACGAAUGCAUGAAAUUCUGUUUUCCCGACAAUCCACAAGUUGCGGAUACCUGCUUGACGGAGAAACUGGACGGAGAGUUUUUCAAGACAUGUGAUUUAGAGAAAUUUGGUAAAGAUGUCGGUCUAACUGGAAUUCAUUCAAUAAAAUUCACACAAAUCGUCAAACAAGGAUGGCGACCCAAAUUUUGAAUAAGGAGGCAACUGUUUGUGAAGUCUGUACCAACAUGUCGGCUUUCGUUUUGCGUAAUGCUUCCAUUCCGUAGGCUAUAAAGUUUCACGUUGUCUAUUUGGUCUCCGAAACGGACACUUCAUAGUGUGCCGUUCAUGCAUAUAUAUGUUACUCGCUAACGAGCUUCAAAUUGUAGAUGUGUCACAUAAACGUAAUGAAAA